AUGAGCAUGAAGGAAUGCAAAAGUUUGAAGCAUGUUUCCCUCAACAUUUCUAAACUGAAACGUCUUGAUGAGGUCGACUUUUCAAAUUGUGGGGCAUUGAGUGAAGUUAGCUUGAACAGUAGUCCAAAUGGGGUGGCAAUGGCAACAGACAAUCAUCACUCUAAGUUACCAAUACUUGACGAGGCUUCUCCAUCUCUUGAAUAUGAUAACAUCGAGCUCAAUUUCACAAACUGCUUCAACUUGAAUCAGAAAGCUCUGAUUGAAAAACAAACAGUCUUACAGGAGAAACUAAUUUUGCCAGGGGAAGAAGUGCCUUCAUAUUUCACUUAUCAAACUUCUGAAACCUACCCCGCGGAAGAAGAAGGAACCUACUCCUCUCUGACCAUCCCUCUGUUUCCCAGCUUUCUCUUGCAACCGUUCUUCAGAAUUAGGGUUUGUGUCCUGGUUAUUUGCGACCCUAUAUCCGGACAGGAUUUCAACUUUAUAGAUAUCGCUGUAAACUGUCGGUUCAAAGGCAGAUUUGGGAAUAUUUUUGAAUCUCUUGGCCAGCCACGAUGGUUUCAGACAACUUGGAAAGAUAGUCAUCUGUUUAUAUUGGACUGUCGUAUCCCUCUAAACAAAGGCAAUGCUCUUCCUCAAGCUGAGCUGAACUACGAUCACGUGGAUAUACAACUUCAAAUAAGUCGCAGGGAUCGUCUAGCUUCAAUGGACUAUACGAUCAGAUUAAAGAGAUGGGGUGUACGCAUCUUGAACGACGAUUCAUCAGCAGAGAACAGACCUGGUAAUCCAAACGCUCUUCCACAUGUGAAGAAUGUGGAGAUAACUCUGCGGACACAGAGAGAUGCUGGAAGCGAAUGCGGACUACAUGAAGAACUCUUCAAGAAACCACUGACUUGCCCUGCUUUCAAACUCGGGAGGAACACAACAUAUCAUAAGGAAGACAGGCAGAGAUUCUCCACCGUCUCCUCAGCUAUAAGGCAUGCGUGUUUUCAGCUGCUCCAGCUAGAUAAUGCAGUGUCAUGUGGCUUGUGGCUUGUGGUUUGA